AUGGCUCAUAUGUCUAUGAAAGGUCAUGGUAACUAUGAUGAUGGUGCUCAUCUGAUGAAUUCGGAUUUUUACUCAUCGAUUUCCAUGAAUACUUUAGAUCAUGCCAAGAAUUUUAGAAAUUCGCUAAUUAUCAAAGAUCCCUCAGACCAAAGUUUAGCAGCUUCUAUGCAGUCUAGUGAUGAGUUUGGAGAACCUCAAUUGGAUGCGGAAGAAAGUUCAGUAGGUAGCGUGAGAUGCGAUGCCAAAAGAGAAAAAGAGAAGGAAAUUAGUACAAUGCAAAUGAAGAAUUCACCUUCAUUAAGCGCGUUAGCAGGAAUUCUUAAUGAGAAGUCAAAGCAAGCUGAAGAGAAGGCAAGGUUGAAUAGGGUUAUAGAUGAAUCGAUCUUAGAAGAAGAAGAAGAAGAAGAAGAAGAAGACGGAAAUCCACAAUCUAAUACUAAUGGUAGACUUUUACAGAUAGAUUCACCAAAUCUAAUCGAUAUUAAUGAUACAGAUUCAAUUGCUUAUCCAAGUAUUCCACAAAUGAACAAUUUAUCUGUUUAUGAACAACCAGAUUUCCUAUCUACCCCCAAAGUAAACCCUCCCGUGAAUCGAAAUAAUGCUCAUAGUAAUAAUCCUUUCCUAACGGAUUAUCAACCUUCAAGAGGACAGCAAGAUCCGAUUUUCCAGAUACAGCCGAGCAUACAGGAAGAACCCGAAUUGGAAUCAAAAGUGGGCACACCUGCAAGAAGUAACAGACGGCUAAGUAUGUUAGAGUUUCCAGAAUUUGAACCUAGAUCUAAUUCUACAACUGAAUUGGAAACAAAUCAUAUGGAGGAACAAGCAUCAAGCGUAAGACAACGAAGUCACUCCUCACUAAGCUUCUUAGAACAAUCAUCGUUUGAAGAUCCACCACCUAUGUAUACGAAAAAUCCAUCUAGUGCUAGUGCACUUGAUCUGCAACAACCGACUGAGGCUAAUACGGUUGAUGCAGGGUUAUCAAAUGCGAACGAAGAUAGAACUCGGACGCGUUCAAGAACAAGUACUUUAGGAGGACCAGCUUAUGACAUCAGACGUACCCACCAAAGAGCUCGUACCAUGGAUAAUAUUGGAACCCAGAGGUCUAACGAUAAUUUGGAUAAGGCCGAAUUUGAAAAGAAUAAUUUCCAGGAGAAAUUAGAGAUACAACCCAAAAGGAAGAAUUUACGGAGCUCAAGAACUACACCAACCAAUUCUUCCACGCAGCAGAGAGCUGUGUCAGCUGGACCUGUUUUGGGCCAAUCAUCGUCACAACAACCUCAACCUCAAUCUCAAAAGAAAAGAUCUAUCUUCUCUUUAUUCAAGAAGAAAAAUUCCAAAGAAACUACACCAAAUAAAAGCAAACAGACGAAUAAGCGCCAUUCUACUUUUAUGCCCUCUCCGACUACUUUGAAUUCAGGUGCUAGUAUGACUUCACCUUCCACUCCAGAAAAACUAACAAAGAAAUCCCAUAGUACUAAUACAAUCUUUAGUAGUUUCAGAAAAAAUAAGGAUAAAGAAGAUUUGGCACUUUUAUCGUCAAAUACCCCACCAAAGAAGGAAAGCCAAUUGGAUGCCAUUAGUAAGGAAUCAAGUUCUUUCUCGUCAGUGAAGAGGGAACCAUACGCAUCAAAUGAAAGUGAUGUAGAAAAGUCAAGAUCAGAUCCUUGGGAUGAAUCUGAAUCUCAGCGACAAUUACAAGAUUCACGACAACUACAAUAUUCCACUUUUGAUGGAUCUCAGUUGAGCGCUUCCCAACCUCGCGGCUCACAUCUAGAAGACACUUUUUAUAUGCAGGAAGAGCCCACAAAACUCGAGGGAAGUUCGUGGAGAGAUGAGUAUGCGCAAAAUGAAGAGUUUCUCCCUGAACAAGUCGAACCUUUAGAGGAUACUCACUUUAAUGAUCCCUUAGUUAAAGAUUUGCCUAAACCAAUGCUGCCCUUCCUUGUAAAACACGAUGCGGGUGAAGCACUAUUCCCCAAGUCUCUCGACAAACACGAAGUGGAUUCAAUUGUUUCAUUGGAACGUUCAAGAUCUGUUAAAUCAAACAGAUCUCAUAGAAGAUCUCUCACAGAUACGUUGUCUGUGAAUGCACAAAAUGAAGGCAUGUACGUCACGGAGGCAUCUCCUGCCGUGAUUUCAACACCAGAUUUAACCAAGUCACCUACAGGAAGCAUUCUAAGAAACGGUAGAUUCGAGUCAAUACCGCCUUCGAAUUUUGAUGAAAGAAUUGAAGCUACGCCAUUUGAUGAGGAAAACCCUAGAAAUAUUCCACAAAUUACGCUUUCACCUCAAGGGGAAUCUAUGGGAUCCAUUGAAGGUAAGUUUAAUCGAUUGGUCCUUUUAGAUGAAGACGAUGACGAUGAAGAUGAAGACGACGGUGAGAAAUAUAACGAUGAAAUUAAUGAUAUUGUACGCGUGCCUAAGGCCGAUAAUGAGGACCACGGGUUCACUUAUGAAGAAAGUAGCCACGAGGAACAUCAACAACAGCCCCAGACAGCGGAGGAUGUUCAAGAGUUUACGCCAGAAAUGAUGGAAUUUGCCAGUUUGAUCAAUUUUGGUGAUGGGUUCAAUUUAGAUCUCGAGGUACCACCCAAUGCCAAUACUACUGCUAAUGCCAAUGAAGAAUACACCCCCGACUUGAAACAAGAUUCUCCAAGACGGAUUACCAACGCGAAACCAACAUUCUCAUCAGGCGCGGGAUUUCAACCCGAGCAAAAUGACACCACCAAUGAAGAAGUUAGCAACAGUGUAAAUCAAAAUAGUAACAAUAACGAGAAUAUUGUUAAGCCAUCCAAAGAGCAGACCCCUAAUAGUGAUGUGUUUGGAGAAAAUAUUGGUGUACAAUUAAUUAACAAUAAAGCGCACUAUGCACCAACAGACAAUGAAAUGUUUGCGGAGCAACAGUUUCAGGGGCCCAUGGAAUCAUUUACCGAUAUUCCUAACGAUUUGUUAGAUGAGAUUAGAAGCACAAGUCCAAAUUCCAGUUUCCAAGUUUUCGAGCCCUUACAUGAUGAUCAUGACGAAACUCAAAGAGAAAGACAUAGUUUUAGAGAUAUUUUGACCAAUACAGCUCACAUUUCCGAUCAACAAUCUAAUCAUCGACCCAUAUCGAUGUCAUUCAAAGGACUAAAUGCUCCUUCGUUAAACCAAAAUGCUUAUGAACCAUCAUUAUUCAAUUCAUCAGUGGGUGCGUCGGAAAAACUAGAUUCUGAGAGCCCCGUCCAACCAAAUGCUAGAGUCAAUUUUUCUUCCAAGAUUGUGCUUUACGAUACUUAUAAUCUGGAACAAUACGAUAGAAGACCGGAGCUUGCAACUUGUAAUAUGUUGACGCCGCAGUUAGCACAGAUGAUAAAGGCUGAACUGAAUGAAAUAAAAAGUGAAAUGGAAAUUCACGAAGCAUCGAGAUGUUAUACUCAUUUCUUUUAA